GUGCGACUCAGCAAGUCGCUGGCGAAAUUUGUAUCUGUCGAUUAAAACACGAAUUUAUCAUUGAAAUUUUAUAAUCGUCUUGAUUCGGGUUGGGAACCCCCCUGUGCAAUGGCUCACAAAAAGCAUAUGCGGAACGCCAUCCCUGCCGGCUUUGAGUCUGACGAGGAGUAUUUGGAGAGCAUGAUGGGUAACUUGAAGAUCAAGAAGUUAGAAGACAUCACAACAGGUGCCGGAAUCAACGGACGAAACUUUGAUUCCUCGCUGGACGUGGAUGCGCAUUUGUUUUUUUCUGAGUUCCGCGAGAAAUGGAACAAGUAUUGCAAAAACAAGGCGCCGCAUUUUGGUCCGGAGUUUCAGAAUACGCUCUACGCCCAUCCAAAUCCCCUUCUGUUGGCCCUAAAGUUAUUUGCCAACUGUCCGGACAGCAGCAACAUCAAGCCCAAAAGCUUAUCGUACUUUGUGCUGGACACAGUGUGCAAACUUCAUAAGGAUUAUCCGCACAUCGGCGAGAACUGUGAUCCCAACACCAGUAUGACGGCCUUUAACUUUGUGAAGACUUCAAAUCUGCUGGCCCUAAACAAUGCUGUGAUUCAAGCAUACAGCCUACACACGAUUUGUGACCUGCUGCUACCCAAGUUACGCGAACUCCUUGGCGAAGGGCACCUUAAAGAGGUAACCCAUUGGACCAUUAGUCUGCGGCUGACGAACGAGUUCGAUAUGCUGGACUUGGCCUUCCCACUGAUAGCCGUGGAGAAGCUGCCUCUGGCCGAGGAGUAUUUGGACCAAGCCGUCCAGCAUCGUAAGCCAUUUGUCGAGUUUCUUGACUCGCUUCUGCACAAGGACAAACCAGUCAUUCAAAUGUGCCAGCAUUUGCUAGACCGAUAUAAGAACAUAAAGAUCUCCCAUCAAGUACUCAGCUACCGGCCAAUCGCCAAAAUUGUGUCCCGAUUGGCGAAGAAGUACGGAUUUGACGACUCCGUGACACCCAAUUUCAAGUUCACCAAAACUUGCGGCUACCUGCACUUUCUUUACCGAGAUUAUGAAAAGGAUCGAAUCAAUCAGGCUAGUUUUCGGGAGCUAGUAAGCGUCCACGCCUAUAACUAUGAUUUACGGAAGGAUUUUGUAUGGUACAUGGCAUCGAACCAUGCGCGCGAUGAAGCCAUCUAUUGGUACAGAGAGUUCAAACUGCAUCCGAGCGAUUGUCCUCCGGAUAUCAAAGCCCAUAUCCCUAAUUAUGAAAGAGAUGUUUCCCGCCGCGUCUCAAAUGAACGCUCAAACGGAGCUGGCGGCUGUGAAGUGUACCUGACCAUAGACUUGCCGGACGAGUGCCUCAAGAUUGUCGAUACGGCGGCGAAGUUCAACGAGAUGCUGUAUGAGCUGCAGCGGCAGCACACCAUAUAUUUGGACUCUGAGUGGAUGCAGAGCGUUUGCGGGGAGAGCCAACUUUGCCUGUUGCAGAUUGCCACCGAUCAUUUUGUGUAUCUAAUUGAUUGUCUGGCUCGGGAAAGCAUUCAAGCAGAGCAAUGGCGCCUAUUGGGAGCAAAUGUAUUUAACAAUGUGAAUAUCCUGAAAGUGGGUUUUUCCAUGGCCUGCGAUCUAAGUGUGUUGCAGCGAUCCCUUCCGCUUCAACUACGUCUGCAUACUCCGCAUCACUACUUGGACCUGCGUAGCCUCUGGCAGCAGCUCAAAAAACAGCGCAGCGGCGUGGAGUUGCCCUUCGGCAACGUAAACCGGGCCGGUGAGGCACUUUCGGAUCUUGCGUUAAUGUGUCUCGGUAAGAAACUGAACAAAUCCAACCAGUGCUCCAACUGGGCGAACCGACCCUUGCGCCAAGAGCAGAUAAUCUAUGCGGCCAUUGAUGCCCGGUGCUUGUUUCUUAUCUUCAACACACUGCAAGCUCGCAUCCCUUUCCUGAACAAGGUCAUCGAGAAAAGUAUCUCUACCAAUAAUUUUCUCAGGCGAGGUGCCAACGUAAAAUGAUUAGGAAUCUGUAACUAAACUUAUCUUGCACAUUUCCCGGGACUCUCACGGAGCGGAGUUGACGUAUUCUCCGCUCAACCUAGUUAAGUUCAGAAAUACAAUCGGGAUGUAGUGAUUACCACCGCAGCUUAAUUGGAAAUGGCUGCUACAAAUUAUUUACCGAUCCAUGGAUAACGUAUUUUAUUUUUAAAACUUAUUUUCUGUAAAUAGUAUUUUUACUUUCAAUAUUCCACUUCAGAGUACACAAAUGAAUUGUAUUUUCUGUUGCAAUCGUAAAACGAAUUUUUUAUUUAACGCAUAAUCAAAACUGAAUAAAAGCAAUGGAUAAAGUUA